GUAAGUUCAGGGUUGAUGACAGUAUCUCUUAAUACCUAUUUUUUCUGCGGCGCUGCGGGCUCUGAGACGCCAGUGGUCCAGUUGCUCUCUGUCUCGUGUCAAAACAUUAUAAACUCUUAAUUUGAUGCGUUCGAUUCCGUAUGACAGUUUUGAACUACAGUCUUUGAACUACAUGCUCGUUUACUGACAUUUUGUCAUUUUUGAAAGUCUUAUAAAACAAUUAGCUGUGUACUCUAUGGCCUCGAUAACCUCCACACCUGCUACAUCAACAAGCCGCUCAUCGCGCACCACGAGACGCAGCGCCGCCGGAGUGUCUCCCUCCGGCGUAAGUCCAACCCGGAUCAGUCGGCUCCAGGAAAAGGAAGAAUUACGCCAACUGAACGAUCGACUUGCUAAUUAUAUUGAGCGCGUCCGACAGCUUGAGAAUGACAAGUUGUCAAUGCAAGUUCUCCUGGAGGAGAAGGAAGAGUCGGUGGCCCGGGAAACUGGAAACAUUCGCAGGCUCUACGAGGCCGAACUGACAGACGCAAGGAAAACUUUGGACAAUACAGCGAACGAGAGAGCUAGGCUUCAAAUUGAAUUCAGCCAAUUAUCCGAAGACCACAGGAAGCUGUUGGCCAGGAAUAAUAAGAAUGAGUCCGAGUUAAAUACUGCAGUUGACCAAUGGAGAACUCUCGAAGCAGCACUGAACUCCAAAGAGGCAGAAUGUGCCAACUUGCUUUCAGGCAACCGCAGGCUGGAGACUGAAAUUUCAGAUGUUAAAACGCAGCUGGUUAAUGUUGAGUUGGCACUGAAGAAUGCCAAAUCACAGCUCAACUCAGAGAUGCUUCGCCGAGUAGAUGCUGAAAACCAGAUCCAGACCCUUCAGGAACAGCUAGACUUUCAGAAGCAUGUUAGUGAUCAGGAGAUGCGUGAGAUGCGAAGUCGCCAUGAGACUCGUCUGGUCGAGGUGGACUCUGGAAGGCAGAGGGAGUUUGAGUCUAAGCUGGCAGAGGCUAUGCAGCAGCUUCGACAGGAGCACGAGACUCAAAUCCAACAGUACAAGGAGCAACUGGAGCACACGUUUGUUGCUAAGCUGGAAAAUGCUCAGCAGUCUGCAGUGAAGAACAGUGAUUAUGCCACCUCAAUCAAGGAGGAAUUAGCAGGGACUAAACUCAGAGUGGAGUCUCAGUCCUCUCAAAUCAGCCAGCUACAGAAACAGAACAUGGUGUUGGAGGGGCGUGUACGGGAUCUAGAAGAAACCCUAGACCGUGAGAGAGGACUUGCCCAACAGAGGCUCUCCCUUAAGGAACAAGAGAUGGCAGAUCUGCGACAGCGCAUGCAGGCCCAACUGGAGGAGUACCAGAGCCUGCUGGAUGUCAAACUCACACUGGAUAUGGAGAUCAACGCCUAUAGGAAGAUGCUGGAAGGAGAGGAGCAGAGGCUAAACCUGUCCCCCAGCCCCUCACAGCAUGGGGCUGUGCCCCGCACACACAUGCAGGGCGCUCGAAAGCUAAGAGGAAAGAAACGCAAACACGAAGGAGGCUCAGGACUCUCCCCCAGUUAUAAAGUCUCCCAGCAUUCUUCUGCCCGAGGGAAUGUGUCCAUCGAAGAAAUUGACUUGGAGGGGAACUACAUCAGACUGAAGAACUUCUCUGACAUGGAUCAGCCACUAGGUGGCUGGACAGUGAGGAAGACUCAUGCAUCUGCACCUGAUAUACUCUUCCAGAUCCCUCCACCCUGUCUCUUGCGUGCUGGGCAAACUCUAACAGUAUGGGCCUUAGGGGCAGGUGUGGAGCCUAACCCUCCCAGUGAUUUGGUUUUGAAGAGCCACAGGACAUGGGGUGUGGUCAGUGAUGUCAGAGUCUUCUUGAUUAACCCUAAUAAUGAGGAAACAGCAGAGCGCAGGCUGGUUUGUGUGCAGAGGAAAGCUGAGGGGGAUUCAGAUGUAGAGUUUGAUGAGGAGUGCGUCACUGGCAGUGAAUUUCAUCUACGUCGGCAGGGUCGUGUGGAUGCAGCUGAGGCUAGCUGUGCUCUUAUGUAAACCCAUUCAUCUGAACCUAAGAAACCAAGAGGAGGGACCCUUAUCUGAGGAUGGGAGCCUAAAUGUUUCCUGUACAUCAGGCGUGGUCAAAAUAUUCAACAUCCAGUUUAAUCGCACUCAAUCAUGGUCCUCUUGUCUUUCUUCCUGUGUCCUUGAAACUUACUGUUUAAAUCUUAUUUUUAUAAACUGCACAGUGGUAUGUCUGGCGAGCUGACAAAGUGGCCAAGUUUUUAUUUGGCCCAGUAGCUGUAAGUUUGUUGUCUGAAACUUUAAUACAGUGGUAAACAGAUGAAAACGAUACCAACGUGGUACUCAAGAAAAUGAGAGAGAAGUGCUACAGUUGUUUAUCAUAACUCGGUGCAUUUGUGCUCUGAAAUGCUGGUUUUGAUUUGCCAUUUUCCCAACAGUUUUAUUAUAUCUCUUCUACUCGUGCCAUGACUUGCAAAACCACUUCUAAAUUUUCCCAUGUGUGAGGUUGUACAGACGCUUGGUUUAAUUCCUGGUUUCAUAGUAAUAUGGUGGAAAAUGACACCCCACACAGAAGGCCACAGUGGUUUUCAGACACAUACAGACAGCAAACCGCAGAAAUACACAUUUAUAUGAAAAUCCUGACAGUCUGGUAAUCUCUUCUGGGUUAUCUUCCAGGGUAUCAUACAGGGUCAUGUUCUUGGUGUGUCUGAUGCUAAACAGUGAUUUGAUUUGGGUCAACCUGAAGUAAUUAGCUGUGGUUUUGUUCUCUGUGACUGUCCCUUUUAGUUGAAAGUCAUUCUUGGGACUAAAUUGUUUGAAUUUUUUUCUUUCUUUCCCUCCCUGAUUUUGCACAGUUUGCUUUCGUAACGAAUAUGUAGCAUCUACAGAGACUCAUACAAACUGUACAUUGAAUGGCCUUUGGCACUUCUGUCGACAUGAUUGUGGGGCUAAAGAGCUUAAUUUUGUUUGAACUUUUAGCCAACAAGAGCUUCCAGGGCUCAGUUGUUCAGAUACGUCCCUGUGGAAUCUUAGAGAUAUUUGC